GCGCCAGUGAGAGGGAAGCUGGCGGUGGCGAAAGACCAGGCCGACGUCCGAGGAGAGCUUUUGACGAGGCGCCGCGCGCAACGCCCAUAUAUAAGUGCGCGCCGUGCGCGAAGCGCCUUCAGUCAACGGGCGGACGAAGAGCGGAGCGCGAGGGACGACCAUUCGAUCUCGCCGCGCGCCCACAAGCGAGACGCUCACCGCGGGGGCAACAGGCGAGCCAGCGCCCGUGCAGCAUCCGUAGCCGAGCCUCGCGGCCACGUUCCCGGCCAGCCAGUAGCCAGCAUGGCGCAAUACGCGCGAAUGGCCUACGACGGCUAUCGAGACCUGAUGGACAACAAGAGCGAUCCCAGGGUCAACGACUGGUUCUUGAUGAGCAGUCCGCUGCCCACUCUGGCGAUCUGCCUGGGCUACGCCUACUUCAGCAAGGUGCUGGGGCCCAAGCUGAUGGAGAACCGCAAGCCCUUCGACCUGCGCGGCCUAAUGAUCUGGUACAACCUGUUCGAGGUGAUCUUCUCGGCGUGGCUGUUCUACGAGUGCCUGGUGUCGGGCUGGCUGAACGACUACUCGCUGCGGUGCCAGCCGGUGGACUACUCGCGCAGCCCCAAGGCCAUGCGCAUGGCCAACGGCUGCUGGUGGUACUACGUGUCCAAGUUCGUCGAGUUUGCCGACACCAUCUUCUUCGUGCUGCGCAAGAAGAAUGACCACAUCUCCACGCUGCACGUGAUCCACCACGGCAUCAUGCCCAUGUCCGUGUGGUUCGGCGUGAAGUUCUCGCCAGGCGGCCACAGCUCCUUCUUCGGCCUGCUCAACACCUUCGUGCACGUGGUCAUGUACUCGUACUACCUGCUGGCCGCGCUGGGCCCGCGCGUGCAGCCCUACCUCUGGUGGAAGAAGUACCUGACGCUGCUGCAGAUGCUGCAGUUCGUGCUGGUCAUGCUGCACGCCUUCCAGCUGCUCUUCGUCGACUGCGACUACCCCAAGGCCUUCGUCUGGUGGAUCGGCAUGCACGCCGUGCUCUUCUACUUCCUGUUCCGCGACUUCUACCGGCAGGCCUACAGCAAGCGGCUGCGCCUGGCGCAGGAGGCCGCGGAGCGCAAGCGCCGCGCCGAGGCGCGCCCCCCCGACGGCCCCGUCUACCCCCCGGGCCAGUACAAGAUGGCCACGGCCUACAUCUCCGGCGGCGGCCUGCGCAACCGCGCCUUCAUCGACAACCAGUCCUCGGGCAGCUGAGCGCGCGCGCGCCGCCCCGCGCCCGCGGCCCUUCGCCCCCGCUGCCGGACGGCGCGCGCCCGGCCCGCUCGCCGAGGGGGCCACUCGGCGCGCGCGCGCAACGCCAUCUCACGCGAUGAACGAGUGCCAAAAAUUAAUCUUUAAGUCCCGAGUGAAUUUGUACAUUUUACCGAUAGAUAAGCGCACCGUGCCUUCCCAUCCGCGAGCAGACCCCGCCACCGCCGCCUCGUUUUCCUCUCUCUUCCUUUCCUUCUCUACAUCUUGCCUUCUUAUGCAUUGUGGAGCGGCAUUCAUAUAUUUAUUUGUUUCUCUUGUCACGGUAUACUUCGCGCGUUCCCUGACAAUCUUGUACGCGAGUUAUGGACUAUCGUUAUUGUUUAGUGAUUAAAACUUUUUUUUUAGCCGAUACAGAUUAUUCUAUUUUUACCAUGUAUUCACAUGUUGUUUUUAGGGCCAAAUUCAUAUUUUACGCAUUAUAUAUGUGAUUAUUAUUUUUUUUUUUAUUAAAACAGUUACUGACUUUUAA